GACUAUCCGAUUAAAUUAUAAUAUAAUUAGGUGAAGAACGGUGUAAAAAUACACAGUCUGGGUGCCUAUAAAUAAGUGCAAACAAAAUUGUGAUUCUCGAACACCAUCCUCUAUAUAUCAAAAAUGGGUGCACAGAGAAAAGGUCAUGCAAUCUGCAUCCCAUUUCCGGCUCAAGGCCACGUCAACCCCAUGCUGAAGCUCGCGAAGCUCCUCCACAACCACGACUUCCACAUCACCUUCGUCAACACCGAAUACAACCACCGCCGCCUCCUCAAGGCCCGCGGCGCCGACGCCCUCCACGGCCUCCCCUCCUUCCGCUUCGAGACCAUCCCCGACGGCCUCCCGCCCUCCGACACCGCCGACGCAACCCAGGACAUACCGUCCCUCUGCGAGUCCACCACCACCACCUGCUUGGCCCCCUUCAAGCGCCUCAUCGCGCGCCUCAACGCCGCCGACGACGCGCCCCCGGUCUCCUGCAUAGUCUCCGACGGCGUUAUGAGCUUCACCGCAGACGCCGCCGCCGAGCUCGGCCUCCCUGAGGUCUUGUUCUGGACCACCAGCGCCUGUGGCUUCUACGCUUACACGCAGUUUGAAAAACUUAUUCAAAUGGGUUAUGCACCGCUUAAAGAUACAAGCUACUUAAGCAACGGAUAUUUGGACACUGUGGUGGAAGGAAUCCCCGCCAUGGAAGGCAUACGGUUGCGAGACAUCCCCAGCUUCAUCCGCACCACGAACCUGGACGAGUUCAUGAUCAGAUUCAUCUUCUCUGAGACCAAGCGCGCCCAUAGCGCGUCGGCCAUCAUACUAAACACAUUCGAGGCCCUGGAGCUCGACGUCCUCAACGCGCUCUCCGCAUUCCUCCCGCCCACCUACGCGGUCGGACCGCUCCACCUCCUCGAAACCGAGUUAGAUGACGCCCACUUGGACCGGCUCGGCUCCAACCUGUGGAAGGAAGAACCCGAGUGCCUCGAGUGGCUCGACUCGCAGGAGCCCAACUCGGUCGUCUACGUCAACUUCGGCAGCAUCACCGUCAUGACCCCGGAUCAACUCACCGAGUUUGCAUGGGGGCUCGCCAACAGCAACCGCCCCUUUCUCUGGAUCAUAAGGCCUGAUCUCGUCUCCGGUGACAACGCCGUGCUGGCGCCGCAGUUUUUAGAGGUGACAAGUGGGCGGGGCCGGCUGGCGGGCUGGUGCCCCCAGGAGAAGGUCCUGAGCCACCCAGCCGUCGGCGGGUUUCUGACGCAUAGUGGGUGGAACUCGACUCUCGAGAGCUUGUGCAGUGGGGUCCCCAUGAUCUGCUGGCCGUUCUUCGCGGAGCAGCAGACCAACUGCUGGUACUGCUGCUCGCGGUGGGGAGUUGGGAUGGAGAUUGAUAGCGAUGUGAAGAGGGAUGAGGUUGAGAAGCAGGUGCGGAGCUUGAUGGGAGGGGAGGAGGGGGAGGAGAUGAGGAAGAGGGCGGCCGAGUGGAAGAAUCUCGCGGCGGAGGCGGCCAAGGGCUCGUCGCGUCGGAAUCUGAGUAAGGUUAUUGAUGAAGUGCUGUUGGCUAAAGUUUGAGAUUUUGCUGCUCAUUUUGUCCAACACGUGUGUGGUCUUCGUUUUGGUUCAAUUUGAGGUUUUAAUUUCUGUAUUUUUUAAUUUUUUGUUUGUUUUGUGAUAAUAGCCUUGCAUUUGUAAUAUUGUUACUGUUUUCGUCUCUUCUAAUUAAUUCUUGUGAAA